GACGGUGCGGGCCGCCAGCCAGCCCCGAGCCCGGGGGAAAGUUUGGAGCCUUGCCCCCGAGCGCCGGGGGCUCCGUUGCGCUCCAGCCCCGGCAGCUCCGGCGCUGCCACCGCGGGCGGCCGCCUCGCCUCGCCCCGCCCCGGCGUGGCCGUUGCCGCCGUCGUCUUCGCGGGCGCACCCCUGCUUCUCCGGCCCCUGUCCCCGCCCGCCCGCCCGCUGCCUCCACGGGCGCGGGGCUGAGCUGCCCUGCUUUUGGAGUCGCCGCCGUUUCCCCUCCCUUCCCCGGAACCCCCCCCCUUUCCCUCCCUCCUCCUUCCCUCCCUCCCUCCUCCCUCCCUCCCUCCCUCUCUCCUCCUCCAGCAGCCAAAGGGAUUUUUUUCCCCUUUCUUUUCUCUCUCUCUUUUUUUUUUUUUCAUUUUUUUCCUUCCUCCUCCUCCUCUUCCUCCCCGCCGCGGAGCCGGGCGCCAGCGUGAAGGAUAAAUAAAAAGCGAAGAGGAAGAGGCUGGGGAGGAGGAGGAGAAGGGGGGGGAGGAAAGAAGAAGAAGAAAGCGAGCAAGAAAAGAAAGCGAGGAGCCAGGCGGCCAGCCCAGCCGCGCCGCUCCCGGCAGCCAGGGCAGGAGGAGGCGGCGGCGGCGGCAGAGCGGGGGCCGGGGGCCGGCGAUGGAUGACCAGCCGCGGCUGAUGCACACGCACAGCGGGGUGGGGAUGCCGGGGCACCCGGGCCUGUCCCAGCACAUGCAGGAUGGACCAGGCGGGGCGGAGGGGGAGGCAGGCAGGAAACAGGACAUCGGAGACAUCUUACAGCAGAUCAUGACCAUCACGGACCAGAGUUUGGACGAAGCGCAGGCCAGGAAACACGCUUUAAACUGCCACAGGAUGAAGCCAGCCCUUUUUAAUGUCUUGUGUGAAAUCAAAGAGAAAACAGUGCUGAGCAUCCGAGGAGCGCAGGAAGAGGAGCCCACGGACCCCCAGCUGAUGCGGUUAGACAACAUGCUCCUGGCCGAGGGGGUGGCGGGCCCCGAAAAAGGAGGUGGCUCGGCCGCCGCCGCCGCUGCCGCCGCUGCGUCAGGAGGAGCCGGCUCCGACAACUCGGUGGAGCACUCCGACUACAGAGCCAAACUCUCCCAAAUCCGGCAGAUCUACCACACGGAGCUGGAGAAGUACGAGCAGGCAUGCAACGAAUUCACCACUCAUGUGAUGAACUUGCUACGCGAGCAGAGCCGGACGCGACCCAUCUCACCCAAGGAGAUCGAGCGGAUGGUGAGCAUCAUCCACCGCAAGUUCAGCUCCAUCCAGAUGCAGCUGAAGCAAAGCACAUGUGAAGCCGUUAUGAUCCUGCGCUCACGAUUUCUGGACGCACGGCGGAAGAGACGAAACUUCAACAAGCAGGCUACGGAAAUCCUGAAUGAGUAUUUCUAUUCCCAUCUCAGCAACCCUUACCCCAGUGAGGAAGCCAAAGAAGAGCUAGCCAAGAAAUGUGGCAUCACAGUCUCACAGGUAUCAAACUGGUUUGGAAAUAAGAGAAUCCGGUACAAGAAGAACAUAGGUAAAUUUCAAGAGGAAGCCAAUAUUUAUGCUGCCAAAACGGCUGUCACGGCUACCAAUGUGUCAGCCCAUGGAAGCCAGGCUAACUCACCCUCAACUCCCAAUUCAGCUGGUUCUUCCAGUUCUUUUAACAUGUCAAACUCUGGAGAUUUGUUCAUGAGCGUGCAGUCUCUCAAUGGGGAUUCUUACCAAGGGGCCCAGGUUGGAGCCAACGUGCAGUCACAGGUGGAUACCCUUCGCCAUGUUAUCAGCCAGACAGGAGGAUACAGUGACGGACUCGCAGCAAGUCAGAUGUAUAGUCCGCAGGGCAUCAGUGCUAAUGGAGGUUGGCAAGACGCUACUACCCCGUCGUCAGUGACCUCCCCCACAGAAGGCCCUGGCAGCGUUCACUCUGAUACCUCCAACUGAUCUCCCAGCAAAUUGCAUCCCUGGCUGAGCCGGCCCCGGCAGGGGAGGGAGGGGAGGGGGCCUCUCCUAACACUGCAGCAGUCAGACUGGAGGUGAACCCAAUCAGCACACACAAGAAGACUCCUUCUCUUCUCUUCUCUUCGUCGGGAUGCUUUUUUCAGCCAAUCUGGACACUUCUUUAUACUCUCUUCCCUUUCUUUUCUGGGUAGAAGCCGCUCUCCCCCUCCCUGCCACCGCCACAACACCACUCCCUCCCCUUCCCCCCUUUCCCACCGAAGGAUAUGUCAACAGGUAGAAGGAUUUUAAGGAGGAAAAGCAAAAAAUCAGAAGCACCCCAAAGCAGAGCAUGGCCUCGUGUUGGGCAUCUCGUCUGAGGAGCCACCAAUGUACCUCGGUCACAUCUUGCUCCUUUACUAGCAGGCAGCCCUCUCUCCCUCCAUGUCUCUCACGCUACCUCUCCGUAGGGAAGUGCCACCGCAGCCCCAGUGCCACCUCGUCUCUGCCGUCUCCUGCCCUGCCCCGAUGACAGGGCAGGUGGAUGCAGGCCCCAUGCAUGCAGGAGAAGGAGCUGACCUGCUCCCAUUUGCCUCUGAAAGAUCCCGGCCUGUUCCCAGCCCUGGAGAAACUGCCAGCUCUUCCCAGUCCCUGCCCUGCUCCGCCACACAUCCCAAAGCUGGGUGAGCCAUGAGGCCCCACCAUCCUCCCUGCCUGCUGUGGGAAGGAAGGAAGGAAGGAGAAGAAGAAAGGAAACACAGCAGAGGCAGGCAAGAACUGGCCAUGGCUGCUGUCGAAGGCGCUGAGCCCCUGGGCAGUGUGACAGGCUCGGACCUCGGUGCCCGAUGGGACUCCAGCACCUCAGGAGGCGGCGGUGGAGUUUGCCCUGGUGAGGAAAAAGCGUUGUGGGCUGUUGGCUUGUGCCUGCAGGAGUAUGCUGUGCUGUGGAAGAGGAGGAGGAGGGUUUAUCAGUGCAGACAGGACUCACAGAGGUUGGUGGCACCCGAAGCCUCGCCAGUCAGGCAGCAAGAGACGGGCAGCGGGAUCCCAGAGGCCAGCUGAGGUGGGGUGAGCGCAUCGGGUGUGCUGUUAGUGCAAAGGGUUUGCUUGAGUGUGAAGCUCUGUAGGAUGGGUGGGUGCCCUGCUUAGGGACGUCAUUCUGCUAAAGCUGCUGGUUUUAUCCCGGGUGUUACUCUGGGCAGCAGCAUCCCAAGCCAUAGGAGACCUUGUGGGAUUUUCUGCACAGCUUGCCUGGUCUGCUCUUUGGAAAAGCAGUGAAGGGUGGUAAAGCAAGGCUUCAUCUGCUCAGACACCCCUUCAGGCAGCUGCUGCUGGAAGGGUAUGGCUUUCAUUGAAGAGCAGGGUGAGGUGGCACCAGUUCACCCCAGGCAGCGGGCUGAGCUUUAUACCAGAGUGGUACUUUUGGCCACCCUUUAGCAGGCAUGAGGAGGCUGAGCUGGUGCAUGGCAAGGCCCUAGGUGUCAAUGGGCACCUGCAUGGGUGCUGCACAUCCUGCACCUCCUGAUGAAUCCAAAUACUUCUUGGCCACAUCUAACACUCUUGCACGCCCCUACCCACCCUGCUAGCCAUCUUGAGAUGGGAACUGCCAGCACAGAGCAGCGUUAAGCAAGAGCCAUUGCAAAUUAAAGCUCUGCCAGAAAGAUUGCCACCCAUCUGCUGGGCCCCAACAGCCCAUGGCCUUGCAGCGUGGGGCCAGCAGUGUGCCUCACCUGAGGUGGAGGUGAAGCCUGCCUUUCCCUGGGAAACAAGCCCAGAAGGCUCCAAAAGCUGACCUUCCCUCAACAUACAAAGUCCCAAUGCGGUGGAUAUUCUGUUUUUGAGUUGGUGGGAUCAGAGUAGGGUGAGAAAGGUGGCCAGGAAACAGCACAAGCUGCUCCUCGCACGGUUUUCCUGUCUGUGGCAGUAAGACACUUUGUGCUCCUUUCGCAUCCUCGGUGCCCGGGGACCGUCACGCACGAGGCCAAGGGCCACCUCUCGUCUGGGGACACAGUAAGAGCAACAAGAUGAUCAUUUCCCAACGAGGACUGUCUGGAGGUGCUGCCCCUCUUCCCCAGCCCUCCUGCAGCAUCCCCACACUGCAGCUUUUUCAGCAUUUCCAGCUGAUUUUACACAAAACCGAUGCAGCAGAGCAUUUUGGGGUGGGCACGCCAGGCUCAGGCCUGUCUGCUGGAGCAGCAGCAGUGCAACGAGCCCAAACCACUGGCUUGGCACCGCCGUCCCCUCCCUGCCGCCCCCAGCCCAGCCCAGGCCCUCGCUUCUCCAUGGUACUUUGCAAAUCACCUCCUGGGUUCCCCGCUUGUUCCCUCUGGUUCAUGUUGACGUAGCUGCUCGCUUGCCUUUUCCUUUGCUUUUUUAAUUUUGGAAGAUUAUUUCUCCCUCCCUCUUCCCUCCUCCUCUCCCCCACCAAAUCCCCAAGUGUUGUGGGGUGUGUUUUUGGGUUUUUUUUUUCCUCCUCCUUUUUUAUUAUUAUUAUUUUGUUGUUUUUCUGCCCAGAAAAACCUGACUUCGAUACCAAAAAAAAAACAAAACGAAAAAACAAAAAAGAAACAAAAAAAAAACCCUGCAGAAACUAAAAAAAAAAAAAAUCAUAAAACCAAACAAAAAAAAAAAAAACCACAAAAAAAACCCCAACAAAGAUUCUUUCAGCUUUAUUAACAUUUUCCAUUGUUUCUUGCGAUUUGUGUCUCGUUCUUUGUAGUAUUGAUGAUAAUGAACAUUUGAUAAUGAAUGUUCUUGUAUAUUCAGAUAAAGGAGAGAAAAAAAAAAGGAAAACAAAAAAAAAAAGAAAAAAAAAACAAACCACCAACCCCAAAAACCAAAAAAGCAGUCGGAAUUUAAUAGUGUUUAUAAUAAAAGAGUAAAAAAACAAUGACCCUCUUAGCACGCAAAAUUGAACAGGGGGAAGGUCCCGGCGCUGUUCUUCCUGUGGCAACAAGCGCUUCAUUCCUGUAUAGUUUAUAACAUCAGACUACCUACAGUCAUCCUUCUUUUCUUUCUUUCUUUUUUUUUUUUUGUUUGUUUGAUUCUUGGCUUUUCCCAUGGUUUGGAGUUUUUGGUUUUGUUUUGGCUUUUUUCUUUCUUUCCCCGUUUUCUCGCCUUUGUGAAUUAGUUCCAGAAUGCUAGAGAAGUGUAGAGUUGUGCACACUCGUUUCUUCUGACACCGUGGUUAAAGAAGUGACGGUCAUUCAUUUUGUAAAACUUGGGAAAAAAAACAAAAAGAAAAAAAAUGGUUGGAAUAGUGAGCAUUAAUAGGUACAGUCUAACACUUUUCUGUUUCUUAACGCCCAGAUCCCAGAAAUUACCUUUUUGCUUUAUUUUGUUGGCGUUGUUUGGGAGGGGACAGCCUGGGGGGAGGUUCAUGAUGAUGAUGAUGAUGAGUUCGUUUUGUCCCGUCCCAGACAAUGGCCUUGUCGCUUCCCCUGCGCUUUGACCCAAGUGAUGUGAAAAGUGAUGGUGGUGGGAGGGAUGGGUUUUGGGGGGAUGGUGUUUCUCUUGGAGCAGGGAAUCUUAUUUUGACACUAUAGAUCCCCAAGUGGCUGCUCUGGGGCCGAGUGGAGGGGAUUAUGUCUCCGGAGAGGGGUGUAUCAUAGAAUCAUAGAACAGCAAGGCUUGGAUGAGACCUUUAGAGAUCAUCCAGUCCAGUCACUCCCCCCACCCCCUUCCAAAGCAGGUCCACCUAGAUCAGGUCACACAGGAACAUGUCCAGGUGAGUCUUGAAGACCUCCAAGGAAGGAGCCUCCACACCCUCCCUGGACAGCCUGUGCCAGGGCUCCCUCACCUCAACAGUCAAAUAGGGGUUUUUUUCUUACGUUUAAAUGGAACUUUUUGUGUUCCAGCUUCAUCCCAUUAACCCUUGUCCUGUUGCUAGAUACAUUUAUAUACUUAUGAGAUUCGCCCCACCCCCAGUUUUCUCUUCUGCAGACUGAACAGCCCCAGUUCCCGCAGCCUUUCCGUAUAAGGACGAUGUUCCAGUCCCCUGAUCAUCUUGGUGCCCCUGCGCUGGACUCUCUCCAGCAGUUCCCUGUCCCUCUUGAGCUGGGGAGCCCAGAACUGGAAUCCGAGGGGGUUUGUAAUCUGAGGGGGUUUGUAGAGGAGAUCCCAAAGGGUGACAGGGAGUCAGUCUCCAUUCCUGGGGGUGAUGCUGAGCUGCCUGGAAGUGAUGAAAGGGCAUGAAUCCUCCCCAAAAGCAGUGCUCUUCCUCAAAUCCUGGCAGCAUCCUUGGCCCAAGGGUUCCCUGCAAGAGCUCUGGCUUAGAGGCCCCCAAAUCUGAGGAGUUUAGAGCAUGGAACAUACCAACCCAAUUUCAACUGUGGACCUUGUUAACAACGGGGGGGGUCACAGCUUGGGCCCCCUCCUCCCCUGAGAGGACAAGGGAAGGACGAGCAACAAGAUGAGAUGUGUCAGCCCCUCCCCAGCCAUGGAGAGACACAACCAAGAUUCCCUCCAAUACAGCCCAAAGUCUCAGUGUCUGCAGAGCGUGGUGCAAGGAGAACUGCUGGGUUAAGUCACCAGUUGCCAUCACUAGUUUUCUCUGAAAACAGUUUCCCUGCUGCCUGCCCACCUCCCCCUAAAAAAAACCUGAGCUUUUCACAUCACUGCACGCUUUAGGGUUUGGGGUAACCCUUUUAAUCCCAAGGUUUCCUGGAGUCCUUUUGUUUUGGUACACCUUUAUUGUUAUUAUUAAAAUGACAUAAAUCAGACAUUGCCUGGGGGGGGGGUUGGUUUUGUCAACUUGCUUUUUUGUUUGUACUUGCAAAGCCCUUGUAAAGAUGAUCCACUUGUUCUGAGUUGCUUUUUCUGUUCUAUUUUUUAUUUUUUGCCUCCAUCUCUUCCCCCCUUCCUGAUGGAUUCCAAAUAUUAAAAAAAAAAAAGAAAGAGAAACCCUAAAAAAGUAAAAGAAGACUCUCUGUUCCGACCUGGUUUUUGAAACUUUAAGCUUUUCUGCUUCUGUAAAGAAAGAAAAAGAAAAAAAAAAAAAAAGGCCUCUGUCUUUCUGAUCCCAGUUGAGACUUUUCUGUUCUAUGACGAUACUAACAAGGUGUAGGUUUUACAGUUUCCUGAUUUGUACUGGUAAUGCAUAUUCCAAAUAAAUAGUUUCUUUUGUUGCAAAAAAAAAAAACUAAAAAAAAAACCCCAAAACCCUGAAACCAAA